AUGGCAGAAGCACUCGGUGUUGCUAGCAGCGCUGUCCAACUUGAUGAUGGGAUCUUGAAGCUCAAAUAUUUCUGGAAUGCAGUGAAAGAUGCCCCAGAAGAAAUGCUGUAUAUUCUGGAUGAAUUAGAUACUACACAUUUGCUACUCAAAGAAAUUGAGGAUAGUCUUGGAAGUCAAACGAUGUCACCUGCAGCGGCUAGAUCACUUCGGUUGUGCCAAAAGGGCAUGGAUACAUUGAACAAUACGGUAAAAGAGCUGGGUAAAGAAAUGCAAAAAAGAAAGAAAUGGAGUGGAGUGAAGGUGGUGAUGAGAAAGGAAUUACUUGAGAAGAUGAAGAAAAGGCUCGAAAAAGCGAAUUCAUUGAUGACCAUGGCCCAUCAAUACUACAUUGCGAGUCUAAGCAAAUCGACAUACAAUGAACAGGUGAGAUUAGCUAUGCUACAAUUCUCAGAGUUCGUGGGUAUCCGGAACGCCUUGCACAGCUUAACAUCAGCUGGAUCUACCUGCAUGGCUCAACAGCAGACUGCUGAAGCCAAUACAUCAAGCUCCUCGGAUACGCUGACUGGAAAAGAUGCAAUAUCAAUUUCCGUGGCUAGAAAAGCACUACCGGGACAUCAAAAGAUUCUACAUGCCAAGCUCAGACUCCCUUUCUUCUCAGGUGUAUGGGGGCUUUGUGGUUAUCGACAGUCAAUUUCUGGGUGGAAAUUCACUCCAAAGACAUAUAAUGUUGUUGGAUACCGUGCACCAAUAAUGGUUGCAGCUUCAUCGGGAGAUGUAGCUAAGAUGCAAGAACUAUUUCAGACACAUCGGGCAAGCCCGUUCGAUGUAGAUCCUAAAGGGCAUACUCUUCUUCACAAAGCAGCAAUGUCGGAUCAUAGCUACCAGUCAUGUCAGCUUUUGGUAGAUCAAGGCGCAGAUCCAAAUGCACAGAAUCGUUCUAGUAGAGAUGAGCAAUGUUUGAGGGAUAUUCACGAUCUCAUAGAUGAUAUAAUAUUUUCUGGUUCGAAGGUUUACUACUUCGGCGCUACAUUCGAAGGCUUUCCCCGUAGUUUCCUCGAUCAACUUAUAUCCGGAAUCACCUUUUAUAUACACCAAGGCCGCGCUGAUCCUAUAUAUCCAAAAGAAUUUUAUGUUUUUUUCGAGCCAAAUAUCAGAUAUAUCUUCGGGAUGUGGCUCGAUAAACUCGUAUCUGCAGGGGUUGAUCUCAUUAGAUACGGCCAGUGGGAAGAGAAACACUGUCAUGAAGUUCACUACUGCACUUCAUCCAUGGGACAAUCAUCUGAGGGAGGGGUAGUUGAUAUGUGCGGCUGGGAAAAUACAUGA